UUUUUUAUUUUUCUUCAAACCCUUCCCGAGCCCUCUCCUCGCCGCCACCUCCUCCCGGUCUCCACCGUUGCGUUCCUCCCCAUCAUCACUGGAGUCGGCCUUCUCCCUCCAAUCUCCCUCAGGUACCUUCCUUCCUACAGAUCUCCGAAAAAAGGGAGACUCCGACCUCCUCCCUUCUCUCUUCGCGGCCACCUCCCAGCGGUCUCCGCCGUCGCCUUCCUCUCCAUCGUCACCGGCGUCGGCCUUCCCCUCCGAUCUCCCUCAGAGGCUACAAGUAGGUUUACAGCUCGAGUAAUAUACGCCACACCGCCUCUCUUUCAUCGGGAGAGCAGAGCCGCCUCCUCGAGAGAAUAGGGAAGGCGAGUUAGGGUUCACCGGAAGAGCAGAGCCGCCUCUUCGAGGGAAUAGGGAACGCGAGUUAGGGUUAGGUUCAGGUUUUCGAUCGACAGAUGAGGGUUAAGAAGCAGAAGCGGCACCGCAAGGUGGUUCGGUUUUUCUCGGCGUGCUUCGGGUUCCGGGAGCCCUUCAAAAUCCUCUGUGACGGCACUUUCAUCCACCACCUCCUCCUCCACCACCUCACCCCCGCCGACGACGCCCUGUCCCGCCUUCUCGGCGGUCGCGCCCUCCUCUUUACCACCAGAUGCAUCACUGGAGAGCUCAAAAGCCUCGGGGAGUCCCAUUACGAGUCUCUUGAGGCCGCUCAGCAGCUCAGCUUUGCUAGGUGCGAUCAUGAGAGGAGGGUGAGUGCCAUGGCUUGCAUAGAGGCAGUCAUCGGGGAGGGCAACUCAGAGCACUUCUUUGUUGCCACUCAGGAUGCUGAUAUCCGGAAAAAGUUCCGCGAGGCACCUGGUGUUCCUGUGAUAUAUGGUCUUAGAAACUCUCUCUUUAUUGAACAACCUUCUGCACUUCAACGUGAAUAUGUUAAAUCCACUGAAGAGAAACGCUUGCAUGCGAGUGAAUCAGAAUUCGGGAAGUUCCUUAAGAGGGAAUUAAAGGGUGGGUUGGCAAAUGAUUCUGGAAAUGAAGUUUUGGAAGAAGCACAUCUUAUGAGAAAGAUCAGUACUGCAAAAAAGAUGCUUGAUGUAGCAGAAAAGAGUAAAUUCAAAAGGAAGAAGGCAAAGGGCCCAAACCCACUUUCUUGUAAGAAGAAGAAAAGGAAAGAUGACUCUUCAGUUCAAGAGAAUGAGGAUGGUCAGGCAGGUGGUGCUAAAAAAAGAAAGAGGAUCAGGAAACGAAAGAGAACUCACAAGGAUAGCAAGCUUGGAGAGCCAGGAAGCCAAGGAAAAACAUAUAUUUAGGAAGCAACAAAGAGUCAAUUGUGAUGGAGGCGUUUGCUAACAACUGACAUCAAAUUUUUUGGCUGUUUUAUCAACUCUGAGAAGUGUGCUGAGAAGACUGUAUACUAGGGAUAUUGCUAUACGUGCAUAUCUUUCUAAUGUUACCUGUUUUGCACCUAUGAAAUAUAAUACUGAUGUUGCUGAUUUCAAACUA